AUGAUACUUUUACGUGGAUUGAAUAAGUUCGUUCUAUGGUAUCUCGUGUUUCUUGUGAUCUAUGGUUGCUUGACAAAAACCAUAAAGGAACAUAACCGAUGGUACUUCCAUGAACUGGUCUCUGAAAGUAUGGUUUCGAAAUUGACUUCUGUGACAUUGGUUGUUGCGCAUCCGGAUGAUGAAGUUAUGUUCUUCAGUCCGACUUUAACACAAUUCAAUGAAUUGUUACCUAUAAGUAUACCAAUUAAUGUAGUAUGUAUGACUGCUGGUGAUGCAGAUGGAUUAGGUCAUAUUCGGAAGCAAGAGUUAGUUGAUUCGUUACGCAUAAUGUUCCAUGGUAGACAAUUCGGUUGCGAUGUCUUGGAUUUUGAGGAUGGCAUGGAUGCCGUCUGGGACCAAGUAUUGCUUGAAAAACAAUUGAGGUCUUCAAUUCCAGAUUCUAAUCCAUUGGUCCUUACUUUUGACCAAUUCGGAGUUUCUGGUCAUAUAAACCAUAUCUCAUGCGGAAGACUGGUUGAAAAGCUACCGUAUUCACAUAAACUACAUCUACGAAGUGACCAGCCCAUCUAUGUGAAAUACUCUGCUUUCAUCGCCGGUAUUUUCCAGUUGGGAAUUAGUACCGUUUAUCCAGAUUAUGGUAAACCUAGAUGUUUUAUUUCCACAUUGCCGCAGUACCUUUUGGCCGCAAGUGCUAUGUCAUUGGCUCAUACGUCCCAGAUGGUUUGGUUCAGAGUCGGGUGGUGGCUUUUUAGUAGAUUCUGUUUCAUUAAUGAGUUGAUCACAUCUAUUUGA